CAAAUUUAGAUACAAAACAAACAAAAAGAGCCGUACGUUAAUUAUCUUAUAGAGAAAAGAUAUGUAGGAGGAAUAUAUAAGUAUACUAACAAUCUUGAUACAUAACUUCCAUCAUCCAUAGUUAAAUGGUAACACAUAAGUGCGAGGAUAAUACAUACAAACCAACAAGCACGCGUAUGUAUGUGAAACUAUAUGGGAAUGCAUGCAUGUAUUCUUGCAUCAUCCAUGCAUGAAUGCAUCAAAGACUCUUCAGUAUUUAUAUGUAUGUAUGCAUGAAACCAUGUUAUUAAAACCCUUUAACAAAACAAAAUAAAUAAAAUAAUGAAAGCAUGUUGUUAUAAAUGGUUAGGUUUGAAGACAUGUAUAUACAUAGUCCCCAUGCAGCAUAGUGUUUAGGAUGAAAAUAAACCCUAAUAAGGAAAUUAAUUGUAUGAUUAAUUAACACUCUAAGAUUAAGGUAAUACAUAAUUAAUUAAGACUUUGGAUUAAUUAAGGGUUACUAAUCACGCGGUGAAUUUAGCCUCUAUAAAAGCAGUAGCUCACCUUCCACAACCUUCAAUAUCAACUCACCCACAUCUUUCUCUCUUAUUCUCUUCCUCCUUUUUUUAUAUUCCUCUCUCUAUCAAUAAUAUAUAUAAAAUUCGAUCGUAUAAAAUAACUUAAAUAAAAAGAUAAGAAAAUGGAGAAAAGAGGAGGAGGGAGUAGUGGAGGUUCGGGAUCAUCAGCAGAAGCAGAAGUGAGAAAAGGACCAUGGACAAUGGAAGAAGAUCUUAUUCUUAUCAACUAUAUCGCCAACCACGGCGAUGGUGUUUGGAAUUCUCUCGCCAAAUCUGCAGGUCUAAAACGCACCGGAAAAAGUUGCCGGCUCCGGUGGCUGAACUAUCUCCGCCCCGACGUACGACGGGGAAACAUCACGCCAGAGGAGCAACUUAUCAUCAUGGAACUUCAUGCUAAGUGGGGAAACAGGUGGUCAAAAAUCGCCAAACAUCUUCCAGGAAGAACCGACAACGAAAUCAAAAAUUUCUGGAGGACAAGAAUUCAAAAAUACAUCAAGCAAGCGGAUGUAACAACAACAUCCUCCGUUGGAUCUCAUCAUAGCUCAGAGAUCAACGAUCAAGCUGCAAGCACGUCGAGCCAUAAUGUCUUUUGUACACAAGAUCAAGCGAUGGAGACUUAUUCUCCUACACCAACGUCGUAUCAACAUACCAAUAUGGAAUUCAACUACGGUAACUAUUCGGCCGCGGCACCAACAGCAACCGUGGAUUAUCCAAUACCGAUGACCGUUGAUGAUCAAACCGGUGAAAACUAUUGGGGCAUGGAUGAUAUUUGGUCAUCAAUGCAUUUACUGAAUGGUAAUUGAUUGAUCGGUCGACCAAACAUGGAAUAUUAAUUGAGUAUUAUAUAUGAUUUUUAGGAGUACUAUUACUAGUACGUGACAUGUAUAUGUUUUUGCCUCGUUGUAGAGGUUUGGGGAUAUAAUUAAUAUAUAAUGUUACUUAUCUGAAUCCUUGAUACAUAUAUAAUUUGGAUCCUUGAUGAUCCCUUUGUUAUACAUAAAUAAAAUUGUUGAAGGGGUCAUAUAUUUUUCGGA